CGACAAUGUCCCUCCCAGAGCCAAUACCACCAGCACAGGCUGCAGAGCACUCGCCAGCGACUGCCCAGUCCGCACCGGCGCCGGCGGCACCCGUGCCGCCCUCCGACACCGCCCCACCCGUCGUCAACCACCCGCUCCUGCGCAAGAUCACCGGCGUGCGGGACAACCCGCGCGUCGAGUCGUUCUAUGGCGUGCCGUAUGGCGAGGUCCGCAAGCGCUGGACGCAGGCGCAGUUCGUGACGCUGCUGGACGGGCUGCAGGCGGUCAAGCCGGGCCCGCGAUGCCCGCAGCCCCCGUCGCGCGGCGAAGCGGGCUGCGGUCCUCUUCUUCCCCACCUCGAGACGGAGCUCGAGGAGGACGAGUUCAGGUGCUUGAACCUCAACAUCACGCGGCCGGUGGGGUACGACGAUGUGUUCCUGCCCGUCAUGGUGUGGAUCCACGGCGGCGGGUUCAACGUCGGCUCGGCGUCCGAGCCCAUCCACAACCCCGUCGCGUUUGUCGAGUGGUCCGCGUCGCAGGGCCUGCCGGUCAUCGCCAUCGGGGUCAACUACCGUCUCGGGCCGUUCGGGUUCCUCUACUCGUCCGACCUGGACGGCGCGCGCUCAGCCGCGUUUAGGGGAAACUUUGGGCUGCGCGACCAGCGGAUGGCGCUCGACUGGAUCCACCGGAACAUCGAGGGCUUCGGCGGCGACAGCGACCGGAUCACGAUUGUGGGCCAGAGCGCCGGUGGAUACGCGAUCCACGCCCAGCUCAAUGCGCAGACGCACUACAACAUCCCGCCGCUGUUCGCGCGCGCGAUCGUGCAGUCUGGUCCCCUGGCGGACCGGCACGUGUGGUCCAUCCACCGGCUGGACCUGAUCUGGGCCAAGAUGGUCAAGGAGGCGGCGGCGCAGGCCGAAGCCGCGCUGCCCGAUACCCCGCAGGAGCGCAUCGACUCGUUGCGCGCCGUGUCGGCUGCAAAGCUCAUCGAGCUCGGCAUCGUCCACUGUAAAGUGUCCACCUGGGGCGUGUUCCACGACGGCGCGUUCGUGCCCCCAGAGAUCUACCACCACGACGGGACGUUCCGCGAGGCGAAGCCCAAGGUCGAGGCGCUAAUCCUCGGCGACGUCGCCGACGAGCGGAGCGUGUUCCUCCCGCGUGCCAAGCGACGGGGCAAAGCGCCGCUGCUCCACGCGCUGCGGACCCUGCUGUCGCCCGAGGACGCAGCCAAGGUCGAAGCAGCGUACAAGCUCGACCAGGAGCUGUCUGUCGACGAGCUUACAGUACAGAUGUCGUACGCGGCGCAGGACAUGCGAUACCUUUACCCCGGGGACGCGCUGGCCAAGGCCUGGCCCAGCGCGAUACGGUACCACAUCUCGCUGCCCAACACGUUUGAAGAAGCCGGGCGCAGCUACAAGGGCAUGGCGCACCACUCGAUCGACGUGAUGUACCUGUUCCGCAACUACAACAAGUUUUUCACCGAGCGAGGCAUGACCACCCACACGGCCGUGUCGGACGCGAUGGGCCGCGCGUGGCUGCUCUUCAUGCACGGCGGCGAGCCGUGGGAACACAGCGCGCGGCAGGGGGCGCACUUUGGCGCGCGCGGCAUGGAGGUUGUGCCGCGCGACAAGGUCAAGGAGAAUGAGGAGGAGGACCGCCGGCUCGCGCUCUGGUCGAACCUGGGGCUCGUCACAACUGGCCGUGUCGCCAACGUCUGGAUCUCGGAGGAGAACGACAGGGUGGAUGCGGGGGAGGCGUUUGUGCCGUAGCGGAGUGUCUGGCAUGCAUUGUAGUAGUCGGAGCGGCAGUCGGUGCUCACAUGCCCAAGGCACAGCGAUAUCGGCAACUCCGGGUGCGGGGGAGUUCCGCAGCAAGCAGGCAGCGAUAUCAAGAGUGGGCCGCCCCACUGUAUCUAUGCGUCGCCAAAGUCGCGUGUGACGGACGCCGUCCGACA